AUGACAGCACGAUUUUCAGACCAAGUAAGUGAAACGGACUAUAUGGAUGAUGUAGAUAAUUCCGAAGUCCUUCAAUUACAACAGCGGCUCCUUAGUGAGCAGGAUCAUGAUUUAGAUAGAUUAAGCGAUGCUAUAGGACGUCAAAGAGAAUUGGGGUUGCUAAUUGGCGAUGAACUGUCUUAUCAUGUUGAGUUAUUAGAGGAAACAGAGGGCAUGGUCGAUCAUACUGAAAGAACCCUAGAUAGAGCAAAAAGAAAUCUCUCAAAGAUUUCAAAGAAAGUUAAAAAUAAAGGACAUUUUUGUAUAAUUUUUUCAUUACUCCUCAUAUUAGUCGUUCUCAUAAUUGUUCUUACUAAAUAG